AUGCGAUCGUUCGCCCCUUAUCUUCUAGGCCUCCUCGGAGCCACCACAGCUUCUUUUGCUUAUGUCGGUCCAGCGGCCUCGGAAGUCGUGUCUCUGACCGAGGACACUUUUGAAGAUUUUAUGGAGGAGCAUGACUUGGUUUUGGCUAACUUUUAUGCGCCAUGGUGUCGUUACUCCCGGAUGUUGGCUCCUAAUUUCGCGGAGGCAGCUACGGAGCUGAAAAAUGACAAUAUUCCCCUGGUCAACGUGGACUGUACGUGGGAGGAGGAUCUAUGUGCUGAAUAUGAUAUUUCUGCCUACCCUACCUUGAUGGUGUUCCGUGGGCCUGGGUUGCAUAAGCCAUACGGUGGUGGUCGUCAAACAGACUCAAUUAUCUCGUAUAUGAUCCAUGAGUCGACUUUCACCGAGCCUAGGUCAGGCUUGCGUGUUCAAAACUAG